AUGAACCCCAACUUCGUCCGCCAUGCCUUGGCGUUGCUGGUUAGAGCGGCAGAGUCUCGGAUUCCUUUCGGAAUCAACGAGCUCCACCGAGUUUGCUCCAUUAAGAGCAACUCGUCCUUCCCGGGGUCAUUCUACCUAUCCCCUCGGAAGAAUCAGAGCAUCUUUGAGGACAUUCCCGCUCGCAACGAUCGCUGGAAGGAGAAGUAUUUCUUCUUUAGGAUCAACGAAUACUCCGUUGGGUCCUUCGACUUUAAUCGGUUGCCCACCAAUUGGGCUCCGAGAGUUGUUGUUCCGACGAACACUGGCUUAGACAAACCGCUGAUUGCUGCUCGGAAGGACGGUGAUUGUACGUGGCCCAACUUUACAAGGGAGAGGAUCCGUCGUGCGCUUGGAACGGAUAGCCCGCAGCCCGCUAUUGCUCCAGAAUCCGAGAUUGACCCGUUGAACCCGCUGUCUAUCAAUCGCCCAGCUAAUUUUCAUCAGAUCCCGAUUGGUACUAGCUGUCGGGAAGUUCCAGACGCAACCUCUUCGAGCACCUCACAUCAGCCUUUGGUCCGCAGGCCAUCUAAAGGGAAAAUGACUAGGAGACCAUCAGCUUGCGAGGCCGAAAAGGCCAGGAAGAACAGGGCUCAAGCUGGGAGCUCCGGAGCUGUCCGUACUGGUGAGAUCCGUCGCGCUGUGAGCGACGCGCUUGAACAAGCCUCUGGGGCUUACGAGACUCCGGCCGGAGCUCUUCCCGCCGACCCAACAUCGAGGGCUAUCUCGCUUAGUUCGCGAGAUUCAGAGAGGACUUCGCGUCCAAAGAAGCAAAGGGUGGAGGAUCCGGCUCCGGAUAGGAGGUCGAACUCCUCGAACGGGUCAGGUGGAUCAAUCCCGUAUGGUUGGACCUUCAACCAUACUAAAGGGUGUCCGAUCGCUGAUGAUCGGGAGGGGGUAGCUUUCAUUUUCCGGCACUUCAAGCCUCCGGGUUGCGUGCUGCCCCUAGUUUGGGAUAUGGCGGAGCAUGCCGCCUAUGUGAAGAUGAUGGCUGCUCACGGCCGGGCUCUUGAGGCUGUCAACGAGUACUCUGCUGUACUUGAGGACAAGUCUCUGACCAUGCCCACCUCUGACGAGCUCGAGGAGAUGAAGAAGACUGUGUUCGACCUUUCGUCGAAGGUCAAGAACGCGGAAGACAAGGAAAAGCGUCUGGAGACCCAGCUUCGAUCUGCGAAGACGGUGGCGGACUCUGCGAGCCGGCGUGCUGACGAUCUGACCGAACAGGUUCGUGGUCUCAAGGAGGAGGUCGAUGCGAAGGUCAGGCGGGCUGUUAGGGAGGCGAAGCGGGAGUUCGCUGAGAAAUAUCUGGCCAUCUUCCAUUCUCUUAAGGAUAAGUGGGAGAAGAAGAAGGUCGAGGCUGCAUGUGAGGCAGAGCUCCAAGAGGUUGAGUCCAACUUGGAUCUCAUUAAGGACCUAAUCAGCGGAGCUAUCAAAGCUCCGGACGAAAAAGCUCGCCUCGAAGAGAAGAUUCCCGAGCUCGCACAGAAGCAUGCUAACGCGGAGGUGUCCGACUUCUCUCUUGCCAAGCUCGAUCUUCCGCAGGUCUCGGAGGCGUCCGUGAGGCCGAUGGAGGUUGAUCCGGUGACGCAGGUUCCUCUUGGGCUCAACCAGUUUGGAAGUAAUGCCGCUGCCGGAGGUGGAGAUGAGUUGGUGGACGAUUCAGCGAUCCCAAUGGAGAAGGAGGGUGGCGAGAACUAG